AUGAGUUCCGCUCGCUUUUUUUCCGAAUUGUAAGUUUCUUCGUCAAUUUCCUAUCCGAAUCUAUCUGUUUUUUCAGAUUCACUUAUGAAAACGUCGAAGGAUUCAAUGUGAGCGCACUUGUAUCAUUCUCUAUGUUUUCGAUGUUAAUGGGAGGUUAUAUGGUAUUUCGAAUACAUUCGGUACUGUAAUCUCUAUUAAUCGAAACAAAAUAUGCAUUCAGAUGGGCGGUUACGACAUGGUUCAACAUUUGAAGCCACGUGCAACCAGUUCUGUGGAAACAGAUGAUCUCAAGAAAAAGCAGACGAGGAAGAAGAGAAGGAUGAAGAUGAAGAAGCCAUCACGGUCAAAAUGA